UACUUCCUUCCAGAAUUUCUCUUUCACCUCAAGGUCACGUCCUACCUGUGGGGCACAGCCACUAAUCGCAUUAUACAUAACACCCUCAAGUUCAAGUUUCAGCCUCAUCACUCACUCGUUAAAAAUAUAAACGCUGAUAAUCGUCGUUACGUGUAGCACGUGACAAAAAAAAACGGUGCACUUGGUUGGUCCGCCUGCGUCACAUGACCCACGCGCACACCAGAUCCUAAUUUGGACGACGCCCCCCCCCCUCUCGGUUGGGUUUUCAAAAACCACCCGAGUUCACCCUUUUUCUGCUUGCGACACCGGGACAGAGGAGCGCGGCUAACGUUCUGGCUAAUGCCAAUUCCCUCAUGCAAUUAACCCCAUUUUGUCAUCAAAACGUUUCUUUUACCGUCUCUUGUGCUCAGUUAAUUUCGGGGUCACCUCACCUGUCCACAACAAGUAGCCGAGCAACUGCACGGAAGCCAUGAUUGAGGCGAGCAGUGACGUACUCCUUCCCUCGUACCACGAUGAGAAGCUGGUGGACAACCUGCUCUCCAGUGAAGAGACAUUGAAGGAUGGUGGCGAUGAUGAUGGUGGUGUUUCCCUGGUGGAGGCCCUCCUCCCCGUGUUGGAUCCCCCCUUGUCCCACAUCCCGUGGUUGUGCUCCACCCGCUACAAGACUGAGCUGUGCGUCCGCUACGCCGCUACGGGCUCCUGCCAUUACGCCGAGCGCUGCAAUUUCGCCCACGGCCUGCAGGACCUCCACGUGCCCUUCCGCCACCCCAAGUACAAGACGGAGUUGUGCCGCAGCUACCACACGGAGGGCUACUGCUACUACGGCAGCCGCUGCCUCUUCGUCCACGGCGCCGCCGAGCAGCGGCCCGUGCCGCGACGGGCCCGACGCGGCGUGCCCUGCCGCUCCUACAGUAACUUCGGCAUCUGCCCGUACGGCGCGCGCUGUAACUUCCUGCACGCGGAGGAGGCGGCGAGCGCUUCGGAGUCGAGCGAAAAGACCCCCAUGAGCCCCCCCGGGGCGUGGGAGCGGAAGUCCCGGGGAGCCUUCUGCCACACCUUCAGCUCUUUCGGCUUCUGCCUGUACGGCACACGAUGCCGCUUCCGGCACGUCCUCCCCUGCACGGUGAAAAGCGCCGAGCCCGGCUCGGGCCCGGCGUCGCCCGCUCUGGAGUCCCCGUCGGCGUCGCCCGCCACCUCCCCGCAGGCCAGCGACGCCUUCACCUUCUCCAGCCAGCACCUCAGCGACAUGCUCCUGCCCCUGGCCUUGCACCUACGGCGGAUGGAGAGCAAUAUGAUCCGUGACAUGUGGGAACAAGUGUAACUGGAGCCACCGCAUCUCCAACCAAU